AUGAAUCUCGGGCAGGGUAUUGGCCAUCCCAUUAUAGGCCUGUCGAAUGAUCGAUGGGGCCGCUUCAACGUCGCCGGAAUCAGUACCUUACUUGCUGGUUUAACAACGUUAUUCAUUUGGGUUUUUGCCGGAAAGUACUUCGCCGGUCUCAUCGUUUACGCGCUUUGUGGUGCUCUAGCCGGCUGUCUUUGGCCCACGGUGGCGGCUGUGGGCGCUGAAGUCGUCGGGCUUCCACUCCUUCCGUCGGCGCUUUCUAUCUUCUGGACAGUUCUCUCUAUACCAACUCUUCUUGCCCAGCCCAUUGCUCUCGCUAUCAAGGGGCAAGGACGGGGCGGUGAUAGCUACCUCGGCGUCCAACUUCUAGCCGGCCUGGCGUACAUUGCGGCUUUCGCCUCCCGUAAGUACUAA